GGACAAAUACCUCUACAAAAUAAUGAGUGAACAUUAAUCAAGCAUUUCUGAUAGAAAGGUUGCUUAUUGAGCAAACCGGCGCAACUUGUUCGUAAAUACAAAUUGAGUUUUUACAUUGUUUACUUCUUUGAGUUUUAGACUUUAUAUUAUCAGUGCGCAUAAAAGUUGUUUUACUUACUCAACACAAUAAUCUGUAAAACCAUUUAUACAGAAGGACCCUUUCUACCGGCUACAGAUACCACCAGAGAGGAUCAGACAUGAAUAGUUCUACCGGACCAGUAACAGAGGCGAGUAGCACAAUCACUGAAGAAAUAGACGUGGCCUCCACUGAAAGUAUCAUCGCUCUCCUUCAGAAAUGUGAUGCUGAAAUUUUCAACGGAUAUCAAGAGUAUAAGCCUUUGCUUCACGAUGACAUCCUGCAGACAAUCGAGAACAUCGCAGGUCACAUCCAAGAUAUACUCGAGCAACCGGAGAACGGGCUCGUGGUGUUCAGUGGGUGUGGCACUUCCGGAAGGCUCGGAUUCAUAGUAACGAGGACAUUUAACGAACUUCAAGCCUUCAAACAGCAACCAGAAGUAUUCAGAUAUCUACUGGCAGGAGGUGACAAGGCUCUGUUUACGUCACAAGAAGCACCGGAAGACGACCCGCAAGAAGGGAUAGAGGCGCUCAAAAAGGUGUCAACUGGCAAAACCAAGGUAGUGUUCGUGGGGAUCACAUGCGGGUUGUCUGCCCCUUACGUUGCCGGUCAGCUGGACUAUUGCCUGGACCACCCCGAGGUGUUCAUACCAGUCCUACUGGGCUUCAACCCCACCAGUCUGGCCAGAAACAUCAAAAUUGAUAAGUGGGACAAAACAUUUAUGCAAGUCGUGGACCGUCUUCAAAAGGCGGUAGACUCUGGUACAACAGCCUAUGUGUUGAACCCAAUCGUUGGGCCCGAGCCUAUCACGGGGUCGAGCAGGAUGAAAGGUGGCACGGCGACGAAGAUACUGAUAGAAACCGUCUGCUUCAAGGCGCUUUAUGACAGCAGCCAUAGAAACGCAACCCUACCUUCCAAGUCGUUUAUUGACUGCUACAAUGUCCUGUGCGAGGCGGUAUAUAAGCAGAGCGCAGGCCUAGCCAAGAUAGUGGAUAUGGCCGGAAAGGGGUUGAACAGCGGUGGCAGCAUCUACUACCUCGGUACGGACAGCCUCGCUCUAAUGGGUCUUAUUGACGCAUCGGAGUGUCCGCCCACGUACGGCGCAACUCUGGAUGAUGUACGAGGUUUUGUUGAGGCUGGGUAUGCCACUCUGAAAAACGCAGAUGGAGACCUAUCGCAUUUUGGCAGGCAUUUUCGGAUUUCAUUGGACAAUUUUGAAGACCUCUUGCUCACGGCUCGGGACGUAGUUAUUGUUAUUAACGCAGGCGAUGAAGAAACUGUUUUAAGUCACAUACGGGGCAAACAGUGUACAAAAGUUCUCAUCGCCUUUGACGAAGCAAAAUCGAAACAAGCCAUAUUUGAUCACGUGGUCCAUAUCGAUACUCCGAAAGAUGCGAUGGAAGAACUGAUUGGUCAAGAGUCUUUGGAGGUAGCCAAUAGAAUGUUUCGAGAGAUUGCGGUCAAGUGGUGCCUGAAUGCGAUAACAACUGGAGCUCACAUUUUAAAGGGCAAAGUAUACAGAAACAUCAUGAUUGAUGUUAAAGUAAGCAACAAUAAACUUUUCCACAGGGCCGUGGGCAUUUUGGAGAAAUUAGGUCACCUCCCUCGUGACACAGCUACUGAAUAUCUGUUGAGGUCAAUCUACAACACUGACAAUCUUGUUGGAGACAUAAUGGAGAAAACAAUUGCUCAGCAUGUUGCCAUGGCGACGCCGAAGGAUAAAGUGGUGCCUGUAGCCCUCGUUGCCGCGGUGACCAAGUGUACCAUAUCAGAGGCGAAGACCACACUCUCUAGACAGCCGGUCAUACGGACAGCUAUCGUAAAUGCCCUUCAAAAUGUCGGGAAAUGAAUGCAUGAGACACACUGAUAUUUGGUAUAUUAAACACACAUUUUUUUGUUAAUGUGGACCGUUCAGAGCAAGUUUCUUCAUAUGUUUUAAAGUCGAGAAGGAAGUUAUACCCACUUUAUACCGUACAAGUAUGUACUAUUACAGUGUAUUACUUGGAAUAUAAAACACACCAGAGAACGCGUUGGCUUAUUUUUACUCAUGAACCUUAUAAACCAAGCAGGUUGCAUAUUUCUUAUAAUAAAACGAGAGUAUGCAGUACCUGCUUGUCCAUGUUCAUCAACGUUCUAAUUUGUUAUAACUUAUCAAUGCUUGCACAUUUAACCGUAACUCAUCCGUAUGAACGCCUAUGCAAAGAAUAAUAAAUUACCUAAACAUUC